AGCAGCCUCUUACCACAGCGCAAGACCUAACGGAGCUACUAUACCCGGGAACCAGAACGGACAGGGCUCCAGGAUAUCUCCGAGGUCUCGUGCGUGAAAAAAACAGAGAAGGAACUAUCGAAACAGACACUGCAACGCGAGGGGGUAGUUUAAUUGCAAGGAAAAUCUGGAUUUAACAUUUCAUUUUGUUAUUGCCUUUGGAUAAGUUGUUUCCAACUUCGCUUGACGGGUUGGAGUAGGUAACCAACUGUGUUUCCAGUGGAGGGUUUCAUAUUGGCGACCGCGCACUCUGAAGUGGACUAAAGUUUUCCCAGUACCCGGUGGUACCCUACCAGGCAACGCCCGGAACCCGAUCAAUUGAUAACUUUGGAACUUUUUCUCCUAGUGACAAUGGGUCGGGCUGUGGACGCUCUUGCUGCGGUAGCGCUCUCCCUCGCGCUGCUCUGCGUUCCAGGACACCUUGGUCUGGUGCGUGCGUUCGGCGAAGAGACAGAGGAGAUGACGUGCGACCCGAUACGCAUCGCCAUGUGCCAGGACCUGGGCUACAACGUCACCAAGAUGCCCAACCUGGUGGGCAACGUCCUGCAGUCAGACGCCGAGCUCCAGCUCACCACCUUCACACCACUCAUACAGUAUGGCUGCUCCAGCCAACUGAAGUUCUUCCUGUGUGCCGUGUACGUACCCAUGUGUACAGACAAGGUUCCCAUCCCCAUCGGGCCGUGUGGCAGCAUGUGUCUGUCUGUCAAGAGGAAGUGUCUGCCAGUCCUAAUAGAGUUUGGCUUCGUCUGGCCAGAGCUGCUCAACUGCAGCCUGUUCCCCCCUCAGAACGACCACAACCACAUGUGUAUGGAGGGUCCAGGGGACGAGGACGCCCCUUUCCACCCUGUCCGACCCCUGCCCCCCCAGGAGGAGGAGUGCCAGGCCCUGGGGGCCGGGCCAGACCAGUAUGCCUGGGUGAGGCGGAGCCACAGCUGUGCACUGCAGUGUGGGUAUGACGCGGGGCUGUACCGGCGCGAGGCCAAGGUGUUUACAGACGUGUGGAUGGCAGUGUGGGCGGUGUUGUGUUUCCUCUCUACCACCCUGACCGUCCUCACCUUCCUCCUGGACUCAACACGUUUCUCCUACCCUGAGAGACCCAUCAUCUUCCUCUCCAUGUGCUCCAACCUCUACAGCGUGGCCUACCUGGUGCGCCUGACUCUGGGUCGGGAGCGUGUAUCCUGUGAUCUGGAGGAGGCAGCAGUUCCUGUUCUGGUACAGGAGGGGUUAAAGAGUACCGGAUGUGCCAUCGUCUUCCUCCUGCUCUACUUCUUUGGCAUGGCCUCCUCGCUGUGGUGGGUGAUUCUGACUCUGACCUGGUUCCUGGCUGCAGGGUUAAAGUGGGGUCACGAGGCGAUCGAAAUGCACAGCUCCUACUUCCACAUAGCAGCCUGGGCCAUCCCCGCCGUCAAGACCAUCGUCAUCCUCAUCAUGCGACUAGUAGACGCGGAUGACCUCACGGGGCUUUGCUACGUGGGUAACCUACAGCAAGAGGCCCUGACGGGCUUCGUGGUCGCCCCGCUCGCCACCUACCUCCUCAUCGGGACAUUGUUCAUCUGCGCCGGCCUGGUGGCCCUGUUUAAGAUCCGCUCCAACCUGCAGAAGGACGGGGCCAAGACGGACAAGCUGGAGCGUCUGAUGGUGAAGAUCGGGGUGUUCUCUGUGCUGUACAUGGUACCUGCGUCCACCGUGAUAGGCUGCUACCUCUACCAGCUGUCCCACUGGGGGGACUUCAGGGCCAGUGCCAGGGACUCAUAUGUGGCAGCAGAGAUGCUGAGGAUCUUUAUGUCUCUGCUGGUGGGCAUCACGUCGGGCAUGUGGAUCUGGUCGGCCAAGACCCUCCACACCUGGAAACGCUGCUCUGCCCGGCUGUGGAGAGACGGUCGGGCAGGGAGGGGCAAGCGGGCACCGGGGGACAGCUGGAUAAAACCUGGCAAGGGCAAUGAGACGGUGGUGUGAGGAGAGAGGGAGAGAAAGAGGGGAAGAUAGGAACCGGGUGGCUCUAUAAAGCAAACCUGCCCCCAAACCCACUACUAGAUCCACUAUCUGAUGGAGAGAGUGAAAGAGAAGAACAAACAGAUAAAUAGCACCCCUAAGCAGAAAGCAGUUUCCUGUGCCCACUUGUUCUGUGGUUCUCUCCCUACUAGCAGACUAAUCCACUGCCAGAGAAGAGACUGACCCUGUAGCCUACAGCAGACUAACCCACUGCCAGAGAAGAGACUGACCCUGUAGCCUACAGCAGACUAACCCACUGCCAGAGAAGAGACUGACCCUGUAGCCUACAGCAGACUAACCCACUGCCAGAGAAGAGACUGACCCUGUAGCCUACAGCAGACUAACCCACUGCCAGAGAAGAGACUGACCCUGUAGCCUACAGCAGACUAACCCACUGCCAUAGAAGAGACUGACCCUGUAGCCUACAGCAGACUAACCCACUGCCAGAGAAGAGACUGACCCUGUAGCCUACAGCAGACUAACCCACUGCCAGAGAAGAGACUGAACCUGUAGCCUACAGCAGACUAACCCACUGCCAGAGAAGAGACUGAACCUGUAGCCUACAGCAGACUAACCCACUGCCAGAGAAGAGACUGAACCUGUAGCCUACAGCAGACUCUGGGCUGAUCUAUAGAACCUUCUGACUUCAGACAGGUGUUUUAAAGGUUGAAUUUACACUGGAGUCAUGGUCCAGAUGAUGUAGCGAUCUAAACUACAGCCACACUGAAAUGCACUAUGACUAGCUGAUGUGGAUGUAGCUUGGUUAACAUGCCUUAUGUGGAACGGGAGACUGGGCUGCCCAGACAGCCACACUCUGGACGCUAUAAAGCUAUGCUACUGCAAAGAGACUUGUGAUUUGUAGUGACUAGACUCUAUGGUGCUGCAGCUAAGGCACUUGGGAAACGUAGGCCUGUGUCCUUUACCUCAGUCCUCAAGCGAGCAGCACAGCUGACCUCCACGCAGUCUUAACGAGGAAACAGACACUCAACUAUGAACUCUGAACUUUAACCCUUGACCUUCUCCAGUCACUCAUGGAACCCUUAGGAAUGGCAGUAAGUAAUGAACCGGUGUAAGGUUCUUUCUGUAUGUUUUUACCGGUGAUAUAAGUAAAUGAAGGGUUAUUAUGACUGAUGUUAGACAAUCAACCCCCAAAAUACAUUAUACAAAAGCUGUAAUACACCAACAGACACACACACACACACACACACACACACACACACACACACACACACACACACACACACACACACACACACACACACACACACACACACACACACACACACACACACACACACACACACACACACACACAGUCAAAC